GAACGCCUCAAAAAUCUGAGCUGGAUUUCAUUCUAAAACCUUGCUCCCUUUUCUCGGUAUUUUCGCAAUAUAUUGAAAGAGUGACAAUUAGGGUACUUGGUGGAUAUUUAAAUCACAAGGGUAAUAUACCUUUACCAUAUUGCUUACCUAUCCAAACAAGUAAGAUUCGCUAAGGAAAUCAGAAAUGACAGCAAGGAACCCAGCCUGUGUGUGGGAUGCUGUGGAACCGGCAGUGGUAUGAUGCUGUGUGUAUGUUAGUGACUGGUUAGUGACAUCUGAAUGGUAAAUCUACAGUGAACAGUCAAGCCAAUGAUUUACAUUUACAAUGAUUCUCAUGAAGAGCACUGUGAAAGUGUAACACUUGGAUCUCUGUUUUACCAUAACCACUCAUGUAUUACAUUUCCUGUACAAUAAACCUGAGGUCAGGUGUAGACAAAUUCAAAGGAAUGGCUAGUUGAACUACCCUGGAGUAGUUUGAGUCAGCUACCCACAAUCCUGUUCAUGUUAAUGGUUAAUGAAUCUCACAUGUGUGUUCUUUUGUGAGGAAUUAACUUUUUAUUACAGUCUAAUUUGACAGAUAAGAUUAGGAGGGAAACUCACGUGCCUGGUCUCAUGACAAGAAAAUCAGGGUCUAUUUAUUUUACCGUACCUGGUGGCACAGACCCAUGAGUCAAAAUGUGGACCCACAGAGGGGUGUUUUCCUCAAGCAUUUGACCCCAAAAAUAAUCUGGCUGGUAGAUAGGUAAAGAGUUUAAACUCAUACUCAGUUAAUACACUCUAUCUGACUCAACAGACCACUGUCUGUUUGUUUAUCAGCUGCUGACACGUAUAGGGCCGGAUUCCCAGACCCAGAUUAAGUCUACUCCUGGACUAAAAAGCGAUUUCAUUUGAGGUUCUCUAUUAAGCAUGCUUAGUCUUUUGUAAUGCCACAUGUAUAUUUGACUUGGACUCGCUGGACAACCACGAUGCCUUAGUAAGGAAUGUGGGACAAACUGCAGACAAACUGUGUGUGUGUGUGUGUGUGUGUGUUUUAGUGAAAUGACACUGUACUUUAGCCAUCUCCAGUGGCCCAUCUGGCUAGAAUAGACCUUUCACCUUCUCUCUUCCUCUGUCAGAGGGAGAACAAAGUUACUCUUAGCCUGUUAGCUCAGCAUUCACCCUCUGACCCCUGCCAAAUCGAUCGACUGUUUUUAUACAUUUUGAGGCAUUUUUAUCCUGUACUUGAGAUCGAGAAGUGUAGGGUGAAUGUUUGUGUUCCAGGAAGCAGACUGUGAAGCGCUGUAACAGACAUAACAGUUCAACAUCAUACGUGAAUAUUUUCACGUUGCAAACAUACACUUGCUGAUAACAGUUCUUUAUUACUCAUUAGAAUGUCAGACUGUGGGAAUUCAGUUGUAAUGUUGACCUUGGGCAAUGCAAAUCUGUAUCUACGGUAUCUUUACCGGUACCAAUGUGACAGACUUAUGUAUGAAGACUAUUAUGAUGACAUUUGUGCGAAUCCUAAGGAAUUUAGAGGGUUUGAUAUUCCUUUCAACUGGGGUGCUCCUCAAAGAGAUGGAUAGAGGUCUCAUCAUUGUAUCUGUGCCAUUAUGGCGUCUGUGAAAGCAUGGGCAGCACCAUUGAGGCAUUCUUAACUUUAAAGUACUCCAUUUUCGUCUUCUUUUGUGUCUGAAAAAAGUGUAAAGCGAUUGGUGAUUUACCAGGACUUGCAGUGCAGGAGUCUUGAACCAACUCUUCUGUGUUAUUAAUUUAUUGUGGCCACUAGAUGCCGCUGAUAUAGUUUAAGGCCAUAUACAAACCAUACAACCCAAUUUGAAGAAGAUGACAAUGCUUUAAUCAUUGGCUGAUUGCUUCAACCCAUAGGAAUCCCCACCCAGUUGACUACUAGUGGAAACCCUUAAUGUCAAUGUCCAUGCUAAAAACAGGUUAUUUCCAAGUAGAGAUCUCUAUACAUCUCUAUGAGUCUGAUACAUAUGGAUUGAUAGACAGCAACAAGGUUUUUCACAACUCUAUUUCACCAUAGAGCUGGUGUUUUACGGUAAAGGCUUUAAACUCAGUAAACCUUCAGUAAAUCAUUGCCAAGUUGGCACUAAACUAUUAAGACUGAAAAGGCGGAGACAAACAGUAUAGCUUUGAACUUGUGUGGGUGGUCACAUGAUCAAAAUAGAAUUUGGAAAUGGCCAUGGAAACGCUUUCCAGUUUUUGUUUAGAACCCUUACCGAUUUCAUGUUAUAAUAACAUUUACCAAUCACAUCAAUCACAUAUUAGAGAAUCUGCUUUUAUGUUAUGUAAUCCUAGUACAUUGACAUUCACUGCAAUCAAUAAUGUGCUCUGGUGCUCUCUAAGUCUCUUCCAGGCAGGCAGCCGUCAGCUCCCAGAUCGAAAGGCCUAGCUAAUGAUUAACUGACCAGUAAGAUUUAUUGUGUACAAUGAUGCAGUCAGGAAACAUUUCCUUCUCUAGCCUCUCCGGGAAACACACAGUCUACAGAGACACACUCAUGAGUGUCUAGGAGACACUCCCAGGCUCUCUGUCUGUUUACAGCUACCAGACCUACACUUCCAGCUGCCAGAUGAAUCAGACCAUGCACACCUCACACAGCUCUCAUCCCAGAUGUGACCCUCUGCCUGAGGUCACAGUGGGUCAGGGUCACCUAGGAUCGUCCUCAGAACACACACAGGACCGAACAUCCCUCAAACAUGUGACCUACAGCAAGAACUCCUCUCAGAUCUGUCCAUCCGCGGGCCACAAAGACUGGCUCUGCCCUGUAUGUCUACAAACUGCCAGCUUCCCCGUAAAGACCAACUGUGGCCAUCUCUUCUGUGCUCCCUGUCUGAUCUCCUACUGGAGACAUGGGUCCUGGCUGGACGCCAUAAGCUGCCCUCUGUGUAGACAAAAGGUCAAGGUCCUGUGUCGUCUGUCCAGUAAGGGUUGGUCAGACAGUAAAGAGAGGGAGGUUCUGGGAGAAAUCACAGACUACAACAAACGCUACUCAGGAGCCCCUCGAAAGGUGACAGACUACCUGUGUGACACACCCCUGUUCCUGCAGCUGCUAAUCCGCCGCUUGGGCACCAUGGGGGGGCUAGUGUGCCUCUUCUUCCUCCGGGUGGCACUUUGCUGCCUAGGGACUGUGGUGUCCCUCGCCUCGCCCCCCCUGGACACUCCACCCUCCCUGUCUGGCCUCCUGGGGGUCCUGGAUGACCUGGUGGUGGUAUUCCUGCUGCUCAUCUGUGUUAUCAAUAUCAACCAGCAGAUGGCACCAGAUAGUGGGAACUCCUCAGCUCACACAGGGGGUAGGCCUGUUCAGUAACUCUCUGUAGAGCGAGUAGCAGAAAUGAUGGCCAGCAGUGAUUUAGCUUUCAUUUCAACAGGAGAUCUCGAGGUGACAAACCUCUUUUUUGAGAGAGAGACCUAGCAAGAAGUCAGCAGUGUAUGUCUGCUGGUUUGCAUCCUGGGGUUAUUAGCAGGUGUAUUCACUAGGAACCAAACAGGGAGAGACUUAACUGAAUUUGUCAAAGAAAAUCAUUUUGGACUAAUGAUUACACCCCAGGUGUUGGACUCACUGUACCACAAGCAGAGGUUUACAGUCUAAUAGUAAGUCUAACCAGGGGCUCAGUUUUUGCAUGGCUGAAUGCAUAGUGUCACACCUAGCCUUCUUUCCUUCAUGACCACUGAUCUGAUGAAAGCAACAUGGUGGAACCUACACAAAGUAUGUUUAAUGGAAUGUGUUGAAUGUUUUUUAUGCAGCAUUUUGGAGGUUCAUUGUCUGAUAUUUUCAGAUUUUUGUGUGUGUCGUGUUUCUUUCUACAGUACCUGUUGCUAGUGUUUCAACAUAUAGGGAACUUUCAAUAAAUUCCCUGGUUUUCCCAAAAUCUCAGUUGGGGGGGUUCCUGGAAUCAGGAGGGAAUAAGCAGGGAAUCCAGAAUCCUCCAAACAUAAUUUGUAGAAAAAAACAGGGAAUUUAUUUAAAGUUCCUGGAAAUGUCCAACCCUACCUGUAGCCUUUAUUUUGGUGUCCGUGUUACUGUUAUCAAUGCCCUUCAGUGGUUCAAUAAAACCUGGGUUUGUUCAUGGGGGGGUGCAGAUUAAAUGUAGACCUAUUAUAUUGUACCCUGCUGUUUGUCAGUGAAACUGUAAAUACUUGAUGUGAAUACUUGUAAAAUGCUAUAAAUGGUGUAUUUAUUGUUCUGAAA